AUACCUAGAGGCGGGACUUCCGCAGUUACCGGAAGUGCGGGCGCGCCAGUUCGUGUCGCCGGGUCGUGUCAAGUGCGGGAACCGGCCGGUUUUCUAAGCUGCUCUGGAUUUGUCCUGCGAGCGGCGUCGGGGGACCCACGAGUUGAGUGAGACCUGGGCUGGCUCCAGGUGGAGGCGAGUGCUGCUGCUGUGACAGCUUAUUGCAGGAGUGACCAGGACACUACCUUCUAGAAGUAAUGCCCACAGAAAGCGGAAGUUGUUCAACUGCUCGCCAAGCAAAACAAAAGCGCAAAUCUCAUAGCCUUUCUAUACGAAGAACUAACAGCUCAGAACAAGAGAGGACUGGACUGCCAAGAGAAAUGUUAGAAGGACAAGAUUCUAAACUGCCUUCCUCGGUUCGCAGUACACUGCUGGAACUGUUUGGUCAGAUAGAAAGAGAAUUUGAAAAUCUUUAUAUUGAAAACUUAGAAUUGCGCAGAGAAAUUGAUACUCUUAAUGAACGCUUAGCUGGUGAAGGACAAGCGAUCGAUGGGGCAGAACUGAGCAAGGGGCAGCUCAAAACCAAAGCCAGUCACAGCACCAGUCAGCUUUCUCAGAAGCUGAAGACCACCUACAAGGCUUCCACCAGCAAGAUUGUCUCCAGCUUUAAGACUACCACAUCAAGGGCCAUCUGCCAGCUUGUGAAGGAGUAUAUUGGCCACAGGGACGGCAUCUGGGAUGUCAGUGUUGCAAGGACACAGCCUGUGGUUCUUGGGACCGCAUCUGCCGAUCACACGGCUUUGUUGUGGAGCAUAGAGACUGGCAAAUGUCUUGUCAAAUAUGCUGGCCAUGUGGGCUCAGUAAAUUCUAUAAAAUUUCAUCCCUCAGAGCAGUUGGCUCUUACUGCUUCUGGAGAUCAGACUGCUCAUAUUUGGAGAUAUGUGGUACAGCUUCCAACACCUCAGCCUGUUGCCGACACUAGUCAACAAAUUUCUGGCGAAGAUGAAAUAGAGUGCUCUGAUAAAGACGAGCCUGACGUUGAUGGAGAUGUGUCCAGUGACUGUCCUACUGUCCGAGUCCCGCUGACAUCUCUCAAAAGCCAUCAGGGCGUGGUUAUUGCUGCUGACUGGCUAGUUGGUGGGAAGCAAGUGGUGACAGCCUCAUGGGACAGAACUGCCAACCUGUAUGAUGUGGAGACAUCUGAACUUGUUCAUUCUCUGACAGGGCAUGACCAGGAGUUAACACAUUGUUGCACUCACCCCACCCAGCGGCUCGUGGUGACUUCCUCCCGUGACACAACUUUCCGCCUCUGGGAUUUCAGGGACCCUUCCAUCCACUCUGUGAAUGUUUUCCAAGGACACACGGACACUGUGACCUCUGCUGUGUUCACUGUGGGAGACAACGUCGUUUCAGGCAGUGAUGACCGCACAGUAAAAGUCUGGGAUUUAAAAAAUAUGAGAUCUCCAAUCGCGACAAUUCGUACAGACUCUGCCAUUAAUAGGAUCAAUGUAUGUGUUGGCCAGAAAAUCAUAGCCCUCCCCCAUGACAACCGGCAAGUGCGAUUGUUUGAUAUGUCAGGUGUGCGACUAGCACGGCUUCCCCGGAGCAGCCGGCAGGGUCACAGACGAAUGGUGUGCUGCUCAGCAUGGAGUGAAGACCACCCCAUAUGCAAUCUGUUUACAUGUGGGUUCGAUAGGCAAGCUAUUGGUUGGAACAUCAACAUUCCUGCAUUGUUACAAGAAAAAUAAGUCACUGGGUUCCUUAGCGUGAAGUUUGCCAUGGACCUUAGAUUUAUGCAGGCUCUUCUGCAUAUUAAUCAGCCAUCAUAGUGAGAGUUUGACCCUGGAAGGGUGCCUUGUAUAUGUUCUUUUCACAUUGUGCCCAGCUUGCAUGAAAUGUACAGAGAGAUGUGUGGCUCUGUUGUUUUUUUUGUUUUG